AUGUGCAGAAAGGGAGGAUUUAAUCUCACCUCACAAGUCCAGCACUUAACGAACGAAUUCUGGAAACGAUGGAGGAACGAGUUCUUGCAGAAUCUGCAGCCAAGACAGAAAUGGACCAAAGAGAAACGAAACUUUAAAGAAGGUGACGUGGUGCUGUUGAAAGAUAACGAUCUUCCCAGAAAUAAGUGGUCUUUGGCUAAAGUUCUGGAUACCCAAACUGAUGAACAAGGUUUGGUUAGAGCAGUAAGUUUAAGAAUGCCUACAGGAUCAACGUUGGACCGACCGAUAGACAAGCUUGUGUUGCUCUUGGAAGCUGAAGAAAGACCGGGAAUCCCCGACAAGGAGCCUCGAGAUCUAAAUAAAUUUUCGAACUCGUACGGACACGUAGUUAACAUUGAACGUUGA